AUGGAACCGGAGCAAGGGCAACCCCAGCCCAAGCGCGUUCGGCUUUCUGACGCGCAGCUGCAACCGCAAGGCGCAUCCAUCAUCGGCAUCCAGGGCGCUCUCACGGCCGGGCCCUCGAGCACAACUGGUACAACUGUUGCCCUCAAACCUUCGUCCGGGGGCCUUUCCCAGCUCACCACCGCCACGAAGCCCGCAGGCUCCAUCGCUUCCUCUGCUGCACCUGCGGGACAAACCUCCAGCGUCGGGCCGGCCGUUCCCCUGGCUGCCCCGACUGUGGGGCCUCUCACGGCUGAAAUUGCGGCAGGUGGUCACCGGGUGACCGUAGAGUUUCUGCACCAGCACUUUGGUGACUCGGAGCAGAUCCGCGGCUACAGCGGCUUGAAUAUCACGAUCUGGAUCCAUGUACGAACGUAUCAUACGUGGGUGGACAUCCAGUUUGCUGCCAAGCGCCCCGGCGCCGACAAGCUUGGCCCCAUCUUUGACGGCGCCUUCCCCUCUGGAUACUGCCGGAGCAAGAUAUACGGGGAUCGCCUCGUCGCUACCGCUUGUAUCGUCGCGGAGGAGUUUGUGGCAGCGGCGACAGCGGGGGCAGCCGCCAUGCCGGAUCUCAUGACCCUGGGCGACCAUGUCGGCACAGUGCUGUUGCCGCCCAAUGCGUACGGCAUUACAGCACGACCGGCGGCAGGGACGGCUGGCUCCGAUGCAGCAGCAGACACCCCCGGUAUCAGUAUCAGUCAAAACCGUGGCAGUGCGCAGGGCCCUAUGGAGGUGUCUGUACGGCGGUUCCAGGUCAGCAAAGCGCCGGCGGAGGUUAAGGCUCUUCACGCCCGUUUGGAGCCCCUGUUGCUGUUCACCAUUGACGGAGCCCAGUUCAUCGACGACGAGGACCCGCAGUGGGAGAUGCUGCUGCCGGUGAUGAGAGCUGAGGACGGGGGCUGUCUGGUGUUGGGUCUGACUACCCUGUUCAACUUCUUCUCCUACCCAGCCUCGUGUCGACUUCGCGUGAGCCAGGUGUUGGUCCUGAGUCCAUGGCAGGGAUUAGGCCUGGGUAAGGCCCUCCUUAAGCUGUCGUACGAUUUGGCCAAGUCACGCCGGUGCGCCGAUCUGACGGUUGAGGACCCCACCCCGAACCUACAACGAGUACGUGAGAAGCUGGAGGUGGAGAUGAUGAGGGCACUGCCCUGGGUAGUGAACCAGGCCAGAAAGUGUCUAGAUGCGGUGGUUCGAGGUGAGACCAGCUGGCCCGUCUGGGAGGAGGAGGAGGAGCAGAAGAUGGCUGAAGAGGAGCAAGCAGCGGAAACAGCACAGCAGCUGCAGCAGAUAGCGGCGGCUGGGGCGACAGAAGCUACACCCCCAGCCCAAGGCGCGGGACAGGGCGUGGGCGAGUUGGUUGUAGCACAGCAACCCCUCCUGGCAGCCCACGCCUUCUUUGCGGCCCUGGGUGCGGUGCCCCCCCAGCACAUGGUCCUGCCAGAGGACGUGCAGGUAAAGGCGAGGGCGGAGGCGGAGGCGCGCUGGCGGCAGCGGCUGGCGGCAACGGAGGACGCGGCGGUGAAGGCAGUCGCGACGGAGGCGGUCGUGGGGCCGGGGCCGUCAGGGUGUUCUGAGGACACCACCGUCGUCGCUGGCAGAGGCAGUAGCACUGGUGACAUGACUGGAAGGGGGGGGGUUUCCUCCGUCGCGGGUGCCCUGAACCCUAGCCCGACCUUUGUGUCUGCCAUCAGCCGCGAGCUGAAGAUGCACCGCGGACAGAUCCGAAACGUGUGGGAGGCGCUGCUCUGGUGUGAGCCGGGGGCCCUCACCCGGCACGGGGUGAGGGCCGCUGUGGAGCAACUCAUCACCUCCAGAUUGGAGGCUCAGUACUUCUCCUCAGUGGGGCGGGCGGCCGCGGCCAAGAGACUGGUGGACACUAACCGCACCACGCUGCAAGCUGCAGGCAGUGCUGAUGCAGACGUGGACGAUGCGGUGCGGGAACCCGACUUUUUCCUGUAUAGACCAGUGGGCCAGGAGGCGGUUGCCCGGGCGGGCAGCGGCGACACGGGAGCUGUCGCCACCGGCCGGCUCAACUUGACGCAGGUCACCGCGGACGAUAAGGCCCGGCGCAUGGAGGAAAUGCUUCUGGAGCGGCGGCAGCAGCUCGAGGCGCUGGCGUUGGUGCUCGACAGGGACUCCAAGAAGCAGCUGUAG